AUGUCAGUUCUCAACAAAAGAUCCAAUACCGUCCACCACACGACUCCGCCUGCGCUGGACACGGCCGAUCUAGGUCCGCAGUUUGAGUUCUACUGGACUCGCGAAAAAGACCCCCAUAGUGUGAGGAGAAAGCAGAUCAUAGCAAAGCACCCGGAAGUGUUAAAGCUGUGUGGACAUGAGCCAAAGACGAAGUGGAUAUCGCUCGGAGUUGUGCUUACUCAGCUAUCGUUAGCCUAUGCUCUUCGCGAUUGCCAUAACGGAUGGUUGUUUUUUGCGACUGCCUACAUUAUCGGUGCCACGGCUAACCAAAAUUGUUUCCUGGUUAUCCACGAACUAUGUCACAAUCUGGGAUUCAAGAAACCUUUGCACAACAAGCUGUUUUCCAUAGUAUCCAACAUCCCUAUUGGUAUCCCUUACAGUGCUUCGUUCCAGCCUUAUCAUCAGCUUCACCACAAGUUCCUCGGUGAUGAACUGUUUGACACAGAUCUUCCAACCCACUUUGAGGCGCUCGUUCUGUCGAAUGUCCUUGGAAAAGCGUUUUUUGCGACGUUCCAGAUCUUUUUCUAUGCUCUGCGCCCCAUGUUCAUCACGCAGAUCAAGUUCACAUAUAUUCAUCUUGUGAAUGUGGCAGCUCAGAUAUUCGUUGACUACUUGAUGGUUACUUACUGGGGCUGGAAAUCCCUCGGAUAUCUCGUUCUCAGCUCCUUUCUGGCUGGUUCUUUGCACCCUUCUGCUGGCCAUUUCGUCGCAGAACACUAUCUAAUGGACCCACCUAAAGGGUACCGGAAGUUUGAGGAUGUGGCUCCGCUAGAGACUUACUCCUACUACGGAAUACUGAACUUUUUCACGUGGAACGUGGGGUACCACAACGAACAUCACGACUUUCCGUUCGUGGCGUGGUCGCAGCUGCCGAAGCUGCGUGAGAUAGCAUCAGAAUUCUAUGAUGGACUUCCCCAACACGAGUCCUGGUGUCUUGUAAUCUGGAAUUUCGUUUUUGACAAGAACGUCUUGAUGUACAACAGAGUCAAGCGUCAAAACAAGGAUGCAUCGUUGAAGCAUAAAGUGAAGCUUGAUGAAAACUGA